GCGCGCGCGUCCCGCGCUCACGAGUCUCGCUCUCGCGAGGUGAGGCAAGUUGACAACCGACGGCCUCGUUGCAAGGUCAUGGGCAUCGUUAAUUAUUUCCUCUCUCUGCCGCUCGUUUGUUUACGUCACACGCACGAGAUAAUUUACGUGGCAAUCUGCACGCGCUACCCUCGCCCGAGGUGCUCCGCUGCCGCGACGUUGCGAAGUAAUCUCUCCAUUUUAGGUUAGGUCUCAUCGUUCCCUAUAUUCAAAGUAUCGGAGUUACGACAGCGGAUGAUCGAGUCAUCUAUAAUUGUCGCCUACUCGUUACGCCUAAGCGAAAUGCUAUCGGCGCUAGAAAUACCGCUGCAUCGCCUUAGCAGAGCUCAUUAAUACCGCAACCGCGUCCACGGGCGUUCAUCAUGUCAACACAGACGGAAGAGACAUCAUCGAAACCGCAUGAAUUUGUCGUGCCGAAGAAGUGCGUCAAGACACCGGGCGAUCUGCCACUUUGGCAAAAAUCCGAGGCUUACUAUGAAUACCUGGGAUUUAUUUUAGCCUUGAACGGCGCCGUUCAGGGAAACGCCUUGGACGGGCAGUGCCCGCAGUCGCCUGUAAUAAACAACGUUAUACAGAUGUUAAACAAAUUUGACGAAUGGAUCAAGGAGAUUCCACCUACCGAGCAGCCCCAGCGAUUUGGCAACAAGUCGUUUCGCACGUGGCACGAGAGGUUGGAGCAGAACGCGGUAGAGGAAUUGAAACAAGUGUUGCCGGAGGACCUGCAUCGUGCGAUUCCAGAAAUAGUGCAGUAUUUAUACGAAAGUUUUGGGAAUCCUACUCGCAUCGACUAUGGAACCGGCCACGAGAUGGCUUUCCUCAUGUUCCUCUGCUGCAUGUUCAAGAUACACGCGUUUGAGGAAAGCGACAAGAUUGCUGUUGUAACAAAAGUGUUCAAUAGGUAUCUGGAAUUGGUGCGCAGACUUCAGCUGAUAUACCGUAUGGAGCCAGCGGGUAGUCACGGUGUUUGGAGCUUGGACGAUUAUCAAUUUGUGCCAUUCAUAUGGGGCAGCGGUCAACUCAUUGGACAUCCACGGAUAGAGCCACGUCACUUUGUAGACCAAGGUAUCGUGGAAUCUUAUAGCAAGAAAUACAUGUUCCUUGGCUGCAUCGAGUUUAUCUCACAGGUAAAAAUAGGUCCUUUCGCUGAGCAUUCCAAUCAGUUAUGGAAUGUUAGUGCUGUAUCCUCGUGGUCGAAGGUGAAUAGUGGUCUUAUCAAAAUGUAUCAGGCGGAGGUGUUGGCAAAGUUUCCCGUUAUUCAACACGUUUUCUUUGGUUCUCUGUUACCGUUGACACCAAUGGUCCCGAAAUGCUCCAAACCGAUCGUCGAACCGAAUUACAAAGGCGCUCCUGUUGACAACAAUCAGCCACCGCCACCAGCGUCGCCGCAAUAAAAUUUACAUGCAAAAUAAACAUUGUUACCGUGAACUAUUUUAUCACGCUUCUUAAUAUUUAUUACAAAAUUAUACAUUAUUGCCCCUGGCUCACUUUAUUCGAUGAUAGUUUCAUCAGUUUCCAAUGCAUUUAUCUAGCUUGUCAGAAGUUCGUAUUAUAUUUGUUACAAAGAGAUAGUAUCUUUAUAUUCCGUUAAGAACGAUAUAAAAGUUAGAUAUUUAACGACGUAAUGCAACUUCGUUUAGGAGAUUAGUACUGUGUGUUAAAAGUAAUACGCUAUUUAUGAUUCUGUAAGCAUCGAUUUGCUUAAUAAAAACACUAGAUUUAUAUCGCGCAGAAAUAAAAAGAUCUCACGAGAAA